UUGUAUGAAACUUAAGCGCUCUAACAUUAACAUUAUUUACUCUUUAAAAUCAUCUUUUCGACUUGUCCAGAGUCUCAUCGGAUAUCCUCACCAGCAGUGCUUACUUUGUUGGAGUGUUUAGAGCACUGAUUUCAGAUAACGAUAUUUACAGAUAUUUACAGAUAUUUACAUUUAUUUACUUGUUCCUUCCCCCGGACUUUUCUACAGUGACAUUACUGCAGUGGAGAGGACCAGUGAUGCCACUGGCUGUCUCCAGGUUGCUAAAUUGUGUUUCAGAAGAGCAUUAUGGGUACAGCCUCAUCUUUAGUAAGUCCCGGGGAUGUGAUUGAGGAUGGGUACGGGGCUGAGGGUGGAGAAGCAUGUGAGAUUCCUGUGGAAGUUAAGCCAAAAGCACGAUUGGUUCGCAGCUCAUUCCGGCGUGGUCCACGGGUCAUUGGUGCCAGCUUCAAAUCUACAGGCUCUGUGGAGCUGGAGUACGCUGCUGAAUAUGAACGUCUCCGAAAGGACUAUGAGAUCUUCCGUGUAAGCAAGAACAAUGAGAUAGCAGCCAUGCAGAAGAAAGAGGCAAAGCUGGAUGAGGAGAACAAGAGGCUACGUGCCGAGCUGCAGGCCUUGCAAAAAACCUACCAGAAGAUUCUCAGGGAGAAGGAAACCGCUGUGGAGGCAAAAUACCAGGCAAUGGAGAGAGCAGCCACCUUUGAACAUGACAGAGACAAAGUGAAACGGCAGUUUAAGAUCUUCCGUGAGACAAAAGAAAAGGAAAUUCAGGAUUUGUUAAGGGCAAAACGUGAUCUGGAGUCCAAACUACAGCAACUGCAGGCUCAGGGUAUCCAGCUGUAUGAACCUAUUGACUCUGACUCUGAUGACAACCACACAAGUGUCACAACUGCAGGGACUCAGUGUGAGUACUGGAGUGGAGGCAUUCUGGGUAGUGAGCCUUCCAUGGGGAGUAUGAUGCAGCUGCAACAGGGUCACAGAGGGCCUGAGUUUGCCCACAGUCUCAUCGAUGUGGAGGGGCCAUUCGCCAAUGUCAGCAGAGAUGAUUGGGAUGCAGCAGUGGCCAGUCUGAUGCAGGUUUCUCCUCAUGUGUCUCAAGCUUUAUGGAGUAACACAGUCCGAUGUUACCUCAUCUACACCCAAGAGACCAGAGCAGAACUCCAUGCCUUUAUCCAGACUCAUUCUCCUAGUUUGAAAAGGUUUUGUGAGAAUUUGGGCCAUUUCUACUUAACUGUGUGUUUCCCUGAGGAAAAAGCUUCUCUCUACACUACUGAACGCCAACUGGAGCUUGAGAGGAGCUCAGUUUGUGUGCUGCUGCUUAAGUCCUCAGUGUCCAGCUGUGUAAUGGAAGAUGUGGAGGAGGCAUUUGUACGCACUCCAGACUCUCGUCCUUUGCUAGUUUAUCUAAAUACGGGAGAAAACAAAGCAGAUGGGGGAGCUUCCUGUCUGAGCUCAGCCACUAGAGACCUGCUGGAGAAAGUUAACAAUGCAGACAAGGCCGCUAAGGUUAAGGUAGUGGACCACUCAGGCUCUGCAGAGGAGGGAGCAGCACUUAUUUAUGCUCAGCUAGAAAAGAUUAUAAAGCAGGAACUGUUGGGGUUGGAGCUGGAGGACAGCACAGGACUGGAGGACAGAGAAGAAUCAGACCCUGGUGAUGUGCUGUGGGAUUUACAUGAUGAACAGGAGCAGACUGAAGCCUACCAGCACAUUUGCAAUGCUUCAGCUAGUGUCAGCUUACAGAAGUACAUUGAUGGUCUGAAUGAUAUGGUUGCUGCUCCUCCUCCAACUCCUCCAGUACUAGUGUCAGGAGCCCCAGGCUCGGGCAAAUCUCUCCUUCUUGCUAAAUGGAUAGAGCUACAGCAGAAACACUCCCCCAACACACUGAUUCUCUAUCACUUUGUGGGUCCUGCUCUAUCCACCAGCUCCGAGCCCGUCCUCAUCAUCAAACGCCUCACUGUGAAGCUUUUGCAGCAUUUCUGGUCACUCUCAGGCUUGUCUAUGGACCCCUGUAAGAUCCUGGAGGAAUUUCCUCGCUGGUUGGAGAGACUGUCCUCACGCCAUCAUGGCAACAUCAUUAUUGUCAUUGACUCCAUUGACCAAAUCCAAAAUGCAGAGCGACAUAUGAAGUGGCUGAUUGAUCCACUUCCUGCUAAUGUCAGAGUUCUGGUGUCGGUCAAUGUCGAGUCAUGCCCACAGGCCUGGAGGCUGUGGCCAACUUUACACCUGGAUCCUCUUAGUCUACGAGAAGUGAAAAGUGUCCUCAACACAGAGUGUGUGAAUACUAACAUGAAACCCACAAAAGAGCAGGAGAAGAAAUUAGAAAGACACUGCCGCUCUGCUUCCACCUGUAAUGCACUGUAUGUCUCACUGCUGGCCAGACUCCUCACCCAUUUUUUUCUCAGCACUAGAUCAUCCUGGACAUUGGACAGAAUGCUGCAUCAGUGUGUGUUAUGUCAGGACACAGUGGCUUUGUACAGACUGAGCCUAAAGGUGGUACUGGAUUCACUUAACACAGACAGAGAGAGGCACGUCAUGAGAGAAUUAUUGUGCCUGCUCUGUGCCAGUCAUAAUGGCGUCAGUGAAUCUGAACUCUUGGAUAUUUUUCCUGAGCUACAUUUCCCAGUGCUCUCCUCUCUGCUCUACAGUCUCCAAAAACUCCUCAUUAUCAACUUCAGCUGCAGCCUUGUUCGCUUUCAGCAUCUACAGGCGUGUGAGGCUGUAAUGCAGGAGUUCUUCAAUGGAGGGAGAUGUUGCUCUUUGUACAGAGAGAAACUUAUUCAGUAUUUUAACCAGAAGCUUAGUGAGAACACAGUGACAUGGCGUGUUGCUGAUGAGUUGCCAUGGUUACUUCAGCAGCAGGGGGAAAAGUGUAAACUACAGCUCAGUCUGCUCAACCUGUUUGUCUCGCAGAAUCUCUACAAGAGAGGUCAUUUCUCAGAGCUGCUAGCAUAUUGGCAGUUUGUCGGGAAGGAUAAAGUGUCCAUGGCAGCUGAAUAUUGUGAUGCUCUGAAGGAAUUUGAGCGGAACUGUGAGAGUGAAGAAAGCAUGAGCAGACUGGCCAACCUGUAUGAGACCCUCGGUGGCUUCCUUAAAGACCUGGGGCUUCUCAGCCAGGCAGUUGCACCCUUGCAGCGCUCUCUAGAGAUUCGUGAGACAGCUCUGGAUCCAGAUCACCCCAGUGUGGCCCAGUCACUGCACCAGCUGGCUGGAGUUUACGUCCACUGGAGGAAGUUUGGCAACGCAGAGCAACUGUACAAGCAGGCGCUGGAGAUCAGCGAGAAUGCGUAUGGAGCUGAGCACUCAAGUGUGGCAAGAGAACUCGACUCGCUCUCGCUCCUCUACCAGAAACAAAACAAGUACGAACAAGCUGAGAAGCUGCAUAAGAGAUCAGUCAAGAUCAGGCAGAAAAUGGCUCGGCAAAAAGGCCACAUGUACGGGUUCACUCUCCUGCGUCGGCGAGCGCUGCAGUUGGAAGAGUUAACUCUCAGUAAAGAUUCGGCUGACUGUGCCAAGACUCUCAAUGAACUCGGUGUUCUCUACUACCUCCAGAACAACCUUGAUGCAGCGAAAGUGUUCUUGCUGCGUUCGUUGGAGAUGCGGCAGCGUGUUUUGGGCGCUGAUCACCCGGACUGUGCGCAGUCUCUGAAUAACCUGGCUGCCCUUCACUGUGAGAGGAGGGAUUAUGAGAGCGCUGAGCAGCUGUAUGAGAAAGCACUGGAAAUCCGCAAGCGAGCCCUGGCUCCAGACCACCCAUCUCUCGCCUACACCCUCAAACACCUAGCCAUGCUCUACAAGCGCAGGGGGAAGUUGGAGAGGGCCAUGCCCCUAUAUGAGUUGGCUCUUGAGAUCCGAGAGAAGAGCUUUGGGCCCAAACACCCGAGCGUGGCUACUGCUUUGGUUAACCUUGGUGUCCUCUACUGCCAGCUAAAGAAACACAGUGAGGCAUUGCCACUGUAUGAGCGGGCACUCAGAGUGUAUGAGGACAGCCUCGGGCGACUGCACCCUCGAGUAGGAGAGACUCUGAAAAAUCUGGCAGUGCUCAGUUAUGAGGAAGGGGAUUUUGAGAAAGCCGCUGAGCUGUACAAACGAGCCAUGGAGAUCAAGGAAGUCGAAACGUCUUUGGUGUGUGAGAAAGCCCCAUCUCCUCACUCAUCCAGCGGUGACACCUUCAGCAAGCGAAGCCCCAGCCUCCUACCUCACACCCCCAGGUGACCUCUAGUGAGGUCCGACACCUCACACCCUCACCAGGCAAAACUAACUUGUGUCAUAAACCAAAGCAAAGUUCUGGUCCAAGAAAUAACACUUUUGCCUUUUGGGAAAUACCAUGUGAACUGAAUGGUCAUUUUUGUUACUUGUCAUGUAUUGGUACAUUGUCAGUCCUGCUUAGUGCUAUAAAUAAUACUAUUUUAAAGUGUUAUUUGGUACGCAGAGAUGGUAUUCUUUGGUUUCAGUCAACUUUAUUGUAAAAAAACUGAACGUGUCAGCUUAAAUCAGCUUUAGAAAAACAAUUUGGUGUUCUUCUGUACUGUAUUACAAUCUUACAUGUGAAAACAUCUUUAAAUAAUGUGCCUUACUAAAAUCUAAUGGGACACGUGCAUUAACAUUAAAAUGAAGUGUAAACAACUUGUACAUAGAGCUAUACGUACACAGACAAAGCUGCUGAGAAGGGUUUGAAGUAUGAGUUUGAAACAUGGCAAUCAGUGACUGUAAAUCUUAACCAUUUUAAACACCUCUAAAUGACUCUAUAUAACAAUGAAGGACCUACUUUGAAAGCCAUUUAUGCUUAAAAUUCCACAAGAUUUCCACAAAGUUUACAAAAUAGCAUGUAUCAGUUAAUUUAAUUGUGACACAAAUGUGACAAUUAGUCGUGCCAGUUUGUAGCUAUUAUGGAGUUUUUCCAGACGUCCCUUAACUUUAUUUUUUUCUUAACCUGACUGCCCUGACUUCUGGUGGACUUUGUGCUAGGGAUUAGUCAUAGGGAUUUGAGAAAACACUGAUUUGCUGAGUGACUGAGUGGUGUCACAUUUCUCAUACCUGAACACAAAUGAUGGUACACAUAUUUAUCCAAAUUCUUAUAUGUGUGUGUUCACGUUAUGUUACAACUUCAUCCACGGCCCUGCAGAGAAACCUAUUCUGUAACAUCAACAUUUAUUGCCAUGAGAAAGAGAGGUCAGGAAAUUUUCAUUUUAUUGUUUAAUAUUUGUGUUUUGCUUUAUAAUGAUACUUAAACACUACUUUAGUUACAUUUUUUAUUACAUUUAUUAAUACAAUUUAUAAAAAUGACUAAAUAUUAAAGAAUAUCUUUUUUUAAAUCAGAAAUCCAUCAUGAAUUUUAAAAAUGAACUUUCCUGUUAAAGAGCUUUCACUGUUCCCCAUCCUCAGAGUGCAGACUGGGCCAGCCUGUGCCUUUGGAUAAUCCUCUUACAGAUUAUCACAUGAACAUGGUGUAUGUCCCAUAAUUAAAUAGAUUUUUAUUCAUUUACAUUCAUUACAGAAUGGAAUAAUAGUUUCCCAAGGAUGAUGGGAAGCAGCUAAAUGAACAGUUACACAGUCAUGCAUUCAGUCUACUGCAACUCCGAAAUUUACUGCUACAGUAUUAAAGUGGUGACAAUACUGGAAAUACUUUUCUGUCUGGAGGCCAACACUCAGUAAAAACACCAAACACUACAUUAGAGGUUCAUGUGCAUUUGUUAAUAAGGUGCAUUAUUUGAUGUGUAUGAACAAUAAAUAUGACAAAAACAUA